AUCGUGACGUACGAAUGUUUCGGCAGACACCUGAGCACACGUGCAACGCGACAGCGACAUGGCUUUCUUGUGUAAUUCAUCGCUGCGCAAACAUUCGUCCGAGCACAUGGUCAAGGAAAGAUCCGAUUGCGGAACGGGUCCAUACCAUCCAGCGCGAGCGUUUUUCAGGUAUACGAUGCGCGACUCGCACAGUGCAGCCAUGAUGAAGAUGUCCUGCCCCUCAUCGGACUCGAUGAAUGCGUUAUAGAGGUCCAAGUCGCAUUGUAGGCCUUCCACUAGACGUCGUGCCACCGGAUCGCUCGAAUUCCGCGUCACCGUCGACCGAUACAGAAUUGUCGUGUUCGAGGCUUGUGCGACGGCGCCAUCGAGGCAGAGUAUCUCGAUUCCCCACCACAAUACUGCUAAUGUACGCAGUUUCGAUGCUUUACGCGCUCUAUGUGUGAUGUCUGCCAUGUCGAGCGAGACGCGGUUUGAAGUUACGUCGUUUCGAUCCCAAUACCAUCGUUUUUCAUAUUGAUCGACCUGUUAUACAGCUUAUUUUUUUGCUGUUGGUGGUCAUCGCUAAUGGAGGAGUUCCUGUUGCACCACUGCGUCACGUCCGACGUGGCCAAGUCUGCAAAUAACGAGGAGCCUCAAGCCUCCGCAUCAAUUUGGCAAACGUCGGGGCGCGCGGAGUGCGUAUUGGUGCAAGAAAAUCGUCAGGUUCAUGGCGCCUCGCGGGUCAUUCUGUCGGCCAUGGCGAAGCUCAUUUUGCAGUCUGCCAAGACGAAGAGCGUGUUGCUGCUCACACUGGUACGGAUUGCAAUAAAAUCCUGAUAUUGCUUGUAAUGUGGUUGAUACAAUCGUUAUUCUGCGUUAUGUGGAGCACAGGAGUCACCUCAAGUGGCACAGCGUGUAAAAACUUCAGUCAAGCUCACACACGUUGACUACUCCGCCGAUGCCACAAAUUUCCAGUCGUCGACGUCUUCAAAGUCCCAAUUACUGGCAAAAAUGACACAAGACAUUGAGAGUGUUGAAGCUAAAGUUGAGCUGAAGGGGGCGACAUCAGCUCGACCGCUGGUUAUUGUGCUAGACUCGCUGAAUGCGUUGGUGCAGCAGACCUCGCUCCAACAAGUGCUGCUGUUUCUUCGACGAAUUCGUGGACAUGCUGUUGUUGGAUCUGUGAUUGCGCGGUUGAAUGCCGGAGCAGAGUCUCUUGGAACCGCACAAACGCUGGCAGCGCAGGCGACGGCGUUGGUACAUGUGGAGACACGGUCAUCUUUGCGUUCCUACCCGCUACUAGCCAAGGAGCGAAGACGCGAUAUCCCAAAGGAAAUGCAUGGAUUUGUGCUACUUGUUCGACAGAAAAAGAAUGGCCGAAGCACCGAGAGCAUCGAGUAUUUCCAAGUGCAGUCCGACAAGGUACAAUUUGUUGCUGCCGGAGAUGUUGAUGGCCACGGUGUAUCAGUGGACUCAGCAUCAAACGCUAAAGAUGUCCCUAAACCAGCAGCUCCGAGUGGAAGAAAGUCGGAGUUCAAGCAGAAGUCGCAGUCUGAAGCAAAGGCAUCUUCUACCUCACACCCAAUUGAGUUCGAAAGCUCUGACCAACCUCCACUUCCUGUGCGUCAGAACGAGGUAAGCUUCAACUUGUCCAUCAGUGCUGCAGAGCAACGAGCCAAGAGCCAAGUCCAACUACCGUACAUGCACCAAGGCUCCAGCGGGUUCAGUUCGAACGAUGUUGGCAAUAAGAAUGACAAUGCUGCGCCUGGUGCUGGCAACACGUUAUUCUUCAUCGAUGAAGACGAUCCGGAUUGGGAUGACGACGAUCUUGACGAUGAUUUGGACAUUUGAGAGUUAAACACGACCAAAUAUAUUGAUCCGAAAAAUACAACAAUCACUAUCCUCUA